AGAAUAAGAUAUAGAUAAUUAAAAAUAUUACAUAUAAAAACAAAUUAUUUUAGUUUUUAGUGAAAGUAAACGAAGAGUAUAUAUAUAUAAGUUGUGAUAAUUAAGUAUUCGUUUUCCAAUUUUGAUAUGUUGCGUGAUUGUAAAUAUAAUUUAUGAUAAUUUUAACAUUGUGAAUUACUAAAAUAUUUUUAUUAUAUAACUAAAAAAUAAAUAAAUAUUCAUUCAUUUUAUUUUAUUUAAUUAUUAAUUUAUUAAAAUAUUAAAGUUGAAAAAUAACAUGUAAGAAUUUAUAAAAUUUCUAUUGUUUUAAAUUGUGUUAAUUAAAUCUUUUAAUAAAUAAUUUUACUACUAUAAAUUAAUAAAUAUAUAUUCUAAAUAAGAAGAUUUAUAUUUUUAUUAUAUUGGAACAAAUUUGGAAUAAAUAAAAUGUCAAUGUCUGAUACUGAUUGGAAUGAAAUGUUAAAAGUUGCUAAAUUACAACAACAAGAAUAUUAUGAACUUUUACCAGAAUGGACAAAGUAUACUGCAGAUGAAUAUAAAUAUUUGAAACAAAAUAUUGGAUAUGCAAUUUUUGGUCCUCCAUCAGAAAAUAAAGAAAAUAAAGAUGUAUAUAUUGAAGAUAAAGAAAUAGGAGAAGAUGGAAAAAUGAAAGAUGUUACUGAUGCACUUUAUUAUUCAUCUGAUGCCAACAAUAUUAUAAAUAUGAUUUAUAAGCAAUUACUUACAUAUGGUGAAGGACGUAUAGAUGAAAAAACAAUAUAUUAUGGAGUAAUUUACAAUAUAUCAUUUCGCACUAAAAAUAAUUUGAUUCAAGUAUCUAAUUCAAAAAAAUUUACUAAAAGAAGCCCAGAAAAAGAAAAAACUAUUUUAGAUAAAGAAACAACUUCAGAAAAAGAAACUGUUUUAGAUAAAAAACUUACUUCAGAAAAAGAAAAAAUAACUAAUUCAGAAAAGAAAGAUACAAUUCAAAUAUAUUCAACACCAAUUUUUAAAAUAAGACAAGAUUCAAAUGAAACUUGUAUAGAAAAAGGAACAUGGUAUAUUGAUAUAAAUGGUAGAGUGUAUAAAAGUUGGACAGAUUAUAUAAAACAUAAUACUUUACCAAAAUGUACAAUGGUUCUUCCAAAAGAUGGAUUUUAUCAUCCUAAUUCAAAUUAUGAAAUUACUGAAGAAUAUUCAACAGUGUGCUUAGAAAUUUUAAACUCACCUGCAUGUAGAAUUAAAACAAGUAUUCUUAAUCUUGGAGAUAUAGUUUCUACAUUAGGUAGUGUAUGUGGAGUUGGUUUGGGUAUAGCAUCUGUUUUUACACCCAUUGGACCAUUUGUAAUAGGUGCAACAAUAGCUUCUGGUGCAAGUGGUAUAUGGACAACUGGUAGAUCAAUACAGAAUUUAAUAGAUAGAAGCUCUCAUGAACAAAGUAUAGGAUUAACAAAUAGGGAUUCCUUUUGUUCAUGGUUAGGUAUAGUUGGCAGUGCAGUUGGUUUAAUAAGCAAUAGUGGAAAUGUUAUUCUUACUAAACUUAUAAAAAAUGGUAGUGAUAUAAGCAAUGCAGCUAAAGUUGCAUAUAAUGCAUUAAUUUUAAGUAAUUUAGGUAUUAAUGGUUUUGGAGUAGGAUAUCAGGCAUAUUGUAUGUACCAAAGAUAUCAAAAAGAAGGUCAAAUUCAUAUAUUAGAUAUGGUAUCUCUGUCAGCUCAUUUAUUAUUCUUUGGUAAUUCAGUUAUAAAUUUACAGUUUGCAGAAGAUCUCAUUAAAUCUACUCAAGGUAAAAUCUUAGAUGAAUAUAGAUCUACAUUGCGUUCUAAACAUCUUCGUAGACAAUUUAAUCGUACAAAACGUAUUGCUGCUACAAACAAUACAGAUAAAAUAUCUGAAAAUGCUGAAGUAAUACGUUAUAUCAAUAGAAAGAUAGAUUUACAAUUAAAAAAUAAUUUGAAUAAUAUUUCCACACAAAAAACUAUUAUAUUCUUUGAAAAUGGAAAAUUGAUAAUUUGCGGUGUUCAUUUGUUAAAUCCAAUGAGAUUUGUAGAAAUACUAAUUAAGGAUGAUCAAUUUUCAAGUGAAAAGAAAUUUUUAUUUAAUAAUGAAAAUAGUGAUAGUAAAGAUAUGUUCUUCACAUUAAAAGAUUUGCUGUUGAAUUUAUUAAAAAAUGUAUUUUUAAAUAAUAAUAGCAGAGAAGAUUAUGAAUCUGAAUUUGAUAAUAUUUUAAAUGAUAUGAAAUAUAUGGAUAAUGCUCCAAAUAUUUUUAUUCUAAUAUUUGAAAUAUCUUUUACUUUAAUAACACAAUCUCAAUUUUGUUUAGAAUAUUUAUCAAAUGCAGUUCAUUUUAUAUGGAGUUAUAUAAAAGAAAGUUUGAUACAAAGUUUUUGUGCAAAACUUUUUUCUGAUGAACAAAUGCAAAAUAAAGUCUCUGAAAUUAUAACAAUUUUAUUUGAACAUAUGCAAGAAGCAAUAAAAGAAUUGUCACCUGCUUUCAAAAAAUAUAUUGAAGAAUAUGUGAGGAAUAUAAAAAGAAACUUAUAAACAAUAUAUUUAAAUUUCAAUCUUGAUGAUGAUUCUUAAAUUAGAAAACGAAAAAGAUUGCUAUACAAUCACAAUAUUCUUUUUUCCAUUUUGAAUAUGUGAUGUAUAUAUAAUCCAAUAAUUAAUCUAUAGUAUUAUUUUUUUAUUAAAAAACUUAAAAAUUAUCAUCAAUCAAAUAUUCUUGUAUUGUUUCAAUAAUUGUUUUUUAUUAUGAUAAAUUGUUAUGUAAUUUUUGUUAUUGUUACUAACUAGUAACAACUAGCAAAUUGUAGCCAGAAAGCUACAAUUUAAGAUAAUUUUUGAAUUAGGAGUUCUUAUAAUAAUUUAUUCAAUAAUUACAUAAUAAUUUUUUAUUAAUAAUAUAUAUUUAAAAAUUUAUAGAUAUAUUAAAAAUGAUAAUAAUAUUGGAAAUUGAAUUAUAUACUAAUUAAUUAAAAUACUAAAUAAAGAAUAUGAAAAAAAGAUAUGUAGCAAAAAUAUCAAUAAAGAUAAUUUUUAAAGUA